ACCUCUUAGAUAUUUUUAUACCAUAAUAUCCUCACACACAGACACACACUUCAAAACAAGUGCUAUCAGUUUUGUCUGAUGGAACAUAUAGUACUCUUUCUUUAGUUGUUUAGUUUGGUAACUCAAAAAUUCAUGCCUCGUACUGCGAAUCAAUUCCAAGGAAUGGAUGGUACUUCUGAGGUUCCUGAAUCCUUGGACGAAUGGGAGCAAAUCCAAUCCCCAUUUCCCAAACUCCCUCCCACAAGUGUGGAACAAGAUAUGGUAGUUACUAGAGACAAUAACUACCUCAACGAUAACCAUGAAGGCCUACAACAAGAAGUACCUCCAGUAUUGGACCUUGAACUUGAAGCCACUCAAGACCCAGAUCCUGAAUCAAGUUCUUCAUCAUCAGUGUCAUCGAAUUCUGGAGGUGAUGAGGAAAGUGGAAGGUUGUCACAGCCCCAAGUGGCGAAUGAGAUAAGGAGGGGUUUGAGAUUGCGUUUGGAGAUUCUGAGAGCUGGGUUCUCCAAGGUGGCUUGUAGAGUUUGGAAUUGUGCAGCAUGCGCCAGGGGGUUUUGGUCGAUUGCAUCGGUGACUGGAGUGGCAGCCGCGGUGUUGCUGUCAUUCUUGUUUGUCAGGGUGCAAAGGUGGCGUCAAGUUCUGUACAAAGAGAGCAAGGAUCGUCUCAUCAGAGAGAAAGAUGAGAAGAUCAGCCAGCUCCUGCUCCACAUUGCGCAGAUGAAUGAAGCAUUCUCAGAACGCCACAGGGUUCCUGUGUUCCGAAUUGGUUGAUUGAUCGUUCAGCUUCAGCAAAGCAGAUGUUAAUUGAGGAUCUGGCUCUUACCUUCUCCAUGAUAGUGUUAUGUGAUGAACUCGGCAUCUUCUUGUGCAUUAGAAAAUGGGAAGAGAGACAUACAUAUAAUUGAAUAGAUGCUUAUAACAGAUUGGUGACUGCACCAAAUUAUUCAUGAUUAUAUAUAAAUGAGAAUGUUUUAUUCA